CACAAAGCGUCCGGCGGCUGAGGGGGCGCGCAAGCAGGCGGGGGUCGCUUGGUCCUCUCUAACUUUACUGCACCCCCCCCCCCCCCCGCCUCACUUCCACCCCUCUGUCUUUUCUUUUCUUUUUUUUAAAGCCAACUUCCUUUGCCCCAUUGUGGACUUCCAGACAUAUUUUUUAAAAUUUUAAAACCCAAUUUGUUUUGUAUCUGUUUUGGAGUGAGCGCCCGUGAGGUUGGGGGGGCUUCAUGGAGCACCGCGGCACCCCGAGGAGCUCCGGGCGUGCGGCCGUCCCCCAGUGACCGAUGGACGAACGCUGCUCCCCGGUGGCCCCGGUCAUGACGGACCCCCCAGAGCCGGAGCCGGAGCCUCACGACGGGGGCCCCUCGCCGGAACGCGACCGGGAGGGCGGGGUCAGGGUGAACGUGUCUGUGGAAGGGGAGGGCCGACGGAGGAGUGACGAUGACGAGGUGGAAGAGGAGGAGGUCAAAGAGGAAGAAGAGGAGUUGCCGUACCCCUCGCUCGCCCCCGUCGUUCUUUUGGCGCUGUCGCAAAACAGCCCGCCCAGGUCGUGGUGCCUACGAGCCGUAUGUCACCCAUAUCCUUCCGCCUUUUGCGAGCAAUUCGGUUGAGCCGCGGAGGAACACUCCGUCAGCCCAACUUGGCGAAAAGGAUUUUCAACUUUCUCCGGCGGCCGGCGAGUGAACGGAUUACAAAUUUUUAAAAAAAGCUUCAAACGCGAUGACGUUGACGUCACUAUCGUACGUAGUUUGAGGCGUGUGACAUCUUGCGAAGCCGGGCGACGUCAUGUCUUGUCUCUUGGGAUGUGUGUGUGUGUGUGUGUUCAGGUAUUUCCUCAGA